AUGUAUAAACUCCUCACCUCUAUAAUUGCAAACGAACUAUACGAACACUGCGAAACUAAUGAUAUAUUAGCUCCAGAACAAAGAGGAUGUAGGCGUCGCGCUCGGGGCUGUAAGGAUCAUCUCAUGAUUAAUAAAGCAAUCCUGGAAGACGCCCAUCAGUGUCAGAAAAAUCUUAGUAUGGGCUGGGUUGAUUAUCGAAAGGCCUUUGAUAGUAUUUCCCAUGACUGGCUACUUAAAGUUCUUGAAUUGUAUAAAUGCUCACCUACUAUCAUUGACUUUCUAAAAAAGGUUAUGCCCUCAUGGAAGGUGAUCAUGGCGGCCCGUGGCGUGAAUUCCUCUGUGACAACAGACCUAAUAGCUGUCCGCCGUGGUAUCUUCCAAGGCGAUUCGCUGUCACCACUACUGUUUUGCUUAGGUAUAAAUCCCUUAUCAUUCCUUCUGAAUAAAUACAUACAAAAAGGGUACAAACUUAAAAACAAUACAGCUAUUAACCAUUUAUUAUACAUGGAUGAUUUAAAGUUAUAUGCCAACAAUAAGAACAGCCUCAAAGUUUUACUUGAUAGCACAGAGAUUUUUACUAGAGACAUAGGAAUGGAAUUUGGCUUAAAUAAAUGCAAUGUGCUUCAUUUAACAUCUGGAAGGAGAGCUGAGCACCAGAGCGAAGGUCACAUACUGUUGAGUGGCUUAAACUUCGAACAUUUGAAGGAAGACGAAAAUUAUAAAUACUUAGGUAUAGAUGAAGCAGGCAAAAUAGAUCAUAAAAGAAUUCAGGAUCAGGUGAAAAGAGAGUACUUCAAAAGAGUAAAAUGCAUCACUAACACACAACUUAGCGCGAGAAACCUCAUAACGGCCAUCAACACUUAUGCCACACCAGUUCUUUUAUACACGUUUGGAAUAAUAAACUACAAAAAUAGUGACUUAAACAAAAUAGAUAUAAAGACAAGGAAGAUACUCACUUUGAAUAAAGCCCAACAACAAAAAGCGGAUAUCGAAAGACUCUAUUUACCCAUAGAAGAAGGAGGCAGAGGACUUAUAAAUAUAGAAAUGUUACACAAAACUCAGAUUAUUAAAUUUAGGCAAUAUUUAAACAAUGAACAGGACCAAAUCAUAAAAGCAAUAGUUAAACACGAUAAACAUAGAGAUAAACAUUCAAUACACAAAGAUGGUAAAAAUAAUGCAGUAAGAAUAGAAUUAACAGAAAACAGAAACUACACCGAUACUGAAAUUAAGAAAGCAGUAAUAAAGACUGGCAUCAGUAAAUGGAAAGAGAAACCGCUACAUGGACAAUUCCGUAGGUCCGUUAUAGAGAAGGGUAAUAUAGAUCGAGAGUAUUCGUUCCGCUGGCUUAAGAAACAAAUCGUGUCCCCCACGUUAGAAUCUUCAGUAUUCGCUAUACAAGAUCAGGCAGUAAUUACGAGACAAAUAGAAAGAGAUAUUCUAAAGAAAUCUGUCGAUGGUAAAUGUCGCCUAUGCCUAGCAAAAGACGAGUCCAUAGAGCAUAUAAUCUCGGGAUGUGAAAAACUGGCCGGCACUUACUAUGUGAACAGACAUAACAACAUAGUAAAGUAUAUUUGGUGGGCAAUAGGAAGAAAACACAAUUUUGAAUUAGACUCGCUAUGGUGGAAGGUGAAUUUGACUCAACCUCAGAUAAAAGAAAACAGCUCCGCGAAGCUAAUGUGGGAGAUACCAGUGCAGACGGACGUUACAAUAAAGCACAAUAGACCAGAUAUAAUAUACAUAGACAAGACAGAAAAUAAAACCUACUUAAUAGAUGUAACUGUACCAUCUGACUACAAUAUAGGACCAAAAGAACUGGAAAAACUUAGUAAAUAUCACCCCUUAAAAGUAGAACUAACACGACUCUGGAAUACACACACAGAAACCAUCCCCAUAGUAAUAGGCGCAACAGGCGUAGUGGCAAAAAGUAUACAUAGAUACAUAAACAAACUGGAAGCAAAUAUAAACAUACACAUAAUACAAAAACAAGCAGCCAUACACACGUGCACAAUAAUAAGUAAAGUUUUGGGUAAUACAGUUUUCAUAAAUUCAAGGGAGUCCGAACCUCCUCUUCCCUGA